AUGGGAAAGAAAGAUAAGAGACAGAAAGAAAAUGAGAAUAUUCAAGCUGUGCUUCACCUUCUUAGAAAACAAGCUCCUCUCACUCUCAAACAGCACGAGAAAUUUUGUAACAAUGCCUGUGUGGAGAGGUUUUUAAAAGCAAGAGGCGAUAAUACGAAGAAAGCAGCUAAGCAGUUGAAAAAUUGUCUUGCCUGGAGGGACUCCAUAGACACUGACCAUUUGAUAGCCGAUGAAUUCUCUGCUGAGCUUGCCGAAGGUGUAGCUUAUGUUGCUGGCCAUGAUGAUGAGUCAAGACCUGUCAUAAUAUUCCGAAUCAAGCAAGAUUACCAGAAAUUUCAUUCACAUCUAUUUACUAGAUUGCUGGUGUUUACACUAGAAGUGGCUACUCAAACUAUGGAACAAAAUGUUGAACAAUUUGUUCUUCUCUUUGAUGCCAGCCUUUUCCGGUCUGCAUCAGCUUUUAUGAACAUGUUGCUGGCAACACUGAAGAUCUUAGUCGACUAUUAUCCAGGCAGGCUUCACAAGGCCUUUGUCAUUGACCCUCCUUCCCUCUUCACUUAUCUUUGGAAGGGAGGUAGGCCAUUUAUUGAGUUAUCCCCACUCACUAUGAUAGUGUCAUCUUUGGACUUUGAAGAGUCUUUGGAAUUCAAUGAUCACAUAUCAUACCCACGGAAAGCACCACUCCGUUUGGAUCCUUCAUUUGUGCCAUCAACCAAUAAAGUUGGCUCGUGUGCUCCGUCAAGAUUUUCAUUCGCCAUCUCGCAACAUCUUGAUUCACUCAAACCUUGGUACCUGACGUUGAAGGAUACAUCGACGUCUAAGGUGGGACCCACAACUGCAUCUUUGGCUUCCUUUGGUCCCACCAUCUCGUCCCUUAAUGCUCGAUCCUACUCGUUUACAUCGCCAACUACCAGAGGGCCAUAUGGCAACAUUGGAACCGUAAAGAAAGGCUUCUUCCCAUCAACACCAAUGCCACGGAAAACCCAAACAAUGGAUCCAUCAAUGAUCAAGCAUCCAAGGACUCCAAGGACUUCAUUCCUCCAAUCGCCUGCGUUGUUCUUCAAAAAAGACUUUCAAUUAACUCGAACCGAAAAAUCUAAAGAAUCAUUUAUCCCAUUUUUGAAAUUUUAUCGCCGACCCUAUGAUGAGAUGGUUUAUAGGUCGAAGAUGAGGCCUCCUUUAGGUGGCCUCAUUUCCAUCGUCUCUCCACAGAUCAAGCGAGGACACAUGUCGAUCUCCCACCGAUUUUGA